AUGUCAGAACACUGUCCUUGUACAAGGAAUUUAACUAUUAGGGAGAAAUCUCUUUCCAUGUUAAUACGCAUUUGCCAGUUUAACACCAUGGCAGGACAAGAAUCAGAUAUAAACAAUGAAGUAUCAUUUGUCGAUACUCUAGUAAAACAGCUCCAUACAGAGUUAAAAUUAGAUGUUCAAAUUCGUGAAUCUGGCGAUUUUGAAUCAUUUUGUGUUAAAUUGAAUUAUGAUCUUAAUUUACAAUUUUUAUUUGAUUCUGCACGUACUCAAGAAAUAUUAACAACCUCAAAUGUUUAUGAGUUACGUUUGACAAAAUCCAAUAAUUGUACAUUAACUAACGAUAUAUGGACACAAAUAAAAACAUAUUUUGAAAAUGAAAUAAAACAAAGUCAAGUUACCAUCUAUGAUUUAAUUCAAAGAUUACAAGAUAAAAUUUUACUUCUAGCAACGGCUGCAAGAAUAAAGCCGAAUAAAUCUAAAAAAUCAUUAUCUCAACAACAAGAAGCAGCAGCAGAAACAAAAUUUCGAGAUACUAUUUCUAUAUUCAAUCGAAUAUCAUGGGAUAAAUCAAUUGAUCCAAAAACAGUUACUAUUGGCUAUCUAGAUAGAUUUAAAGGUAUUCAAGAAAUAGCAUUUAGUGAAUGGAAAAAAGUUCUAGAUCAUGAGUAUGGUGUACCGAUGCAUCGAGUCAGAUAUUACAAAAUCAAUAAUCAAAUUGUAUGGGAUAGAACAAGAAAAUAUGAUAUACUAACGGGUUCGGAGACAAUUCAAACAACCAUGGGAAAUGAUUCAGAACAGCGUUCACUAGAAGUAUCGAACAAUAUAAUUACCCAUGAAGGUGUCUAUAAAUAUGAUAUCGAAACAAAACAAUGGAUGAUUUGUUCUAUAGAAACUUCAUUGAAACCAAUGAAUGAAAAUGAUCGAGAUGAUAUUAUACCGUCUGAAAGUCUAUUACCUGAUCGUUGUCAUUUCUUAACAUGGAAUAUACUUUUUGAUUAUCAUCAUAAAACUAAAAUUUAUAGUAGUGAACGUUAUCGUCAUAUAUUAAAUAUUUUGAAAUCAUUAUUGCCUGAUAUCGUUUGUUUACAAGAAGUGACAUAUGAAUUUUUAGAAUUAUUAUUAAGUGAAGCAUGGUUAAAAAAUGAAAAUUAUCAUGUUGUUAUUAUGAAAAAUAUUAUAUUAAGUCAAAAUUUAAAAUAUAAAGAACAAAAUUAUUAUGGACAAAUUUUAUUAUCGAAAAAUAUUCGACCCUAUUCUGUUCAUUUUUUACCAUUAUUAACAAAUGAAGAACAAGAAGAAAAAACAACAACAAUGAAAACGACAAAAGAAAUUAUUUUAGCCAGAUUUGGUUUAAAAUCAUCUACAAACAAUAUUAUUGAUAUUAUUAAUUUACAUUUGCACAGUAAUCGUUCCAAGAAUGCUGAUAAUAAACGUUGUAAUUCAUUAAAACAUCUCAUAUCAAAUAUGCAAAAUCUAAGUGAUAAUUUAUUAUUGAUGGGCGAUUUUAAUUUUGGAGAUAAUGAUAUGAAAGAGCAAGAUUUUUUACAUAAUCAAAUGUUUAAUGAUUUAUGGAAAGAUGUUUAUGAUUUAGAAGAGAAUCCUGGUUAUACAUUUGAUCCAUCUCAUAAUUUAUGCGCUAAAAUCACAUCUGAUACAAUGAUUAAUCGUCGUGUUGAUCGUUAUUUAUUACAAUCAAAAUUAAAUUAUGAUAUUGAACAUUUAAAUAUGAUUGGAUUAGAAACAUACAUUGUAAAUAGUCAAGAUGAUAUUAGUCUAAAUCCAUCCGAUCAUUAUGGUCUUCAAUGUGUUUUACAUUUAAAAGGACGAAAAAUAACUCCAAAAUCAUCUAUUGUUAUUAUUCCACCAUAUCAUACAUGGAGUCAAAUUCAAAGUAUAAGAGAAGUAUAUGAUCCGUCAUAUACACGAUGGCCACCUCACAUCAAUCUUAUCUAUCCUUUUUAUGAAGAAUAUGAUGAAAGAUUAUUAUUUGAAUUAAGAUUAUUAUUAACCAAACAAGAACCAUUUGAAAUUGAUUUAAAUGAAAUUGAUGAUUUUAAAGAGAAUAACAUUGCCUACAUUAAAUUAACUGAUGAAUCAAAAAAAUUAGUUCAAAAUAUGUAUGAACAAUUAAAACAAUUAUAUCCACAAUGUUGUAAAAAAAUGAAUAAACAAAAUAAUGGAAAAUAUACACCACAUAUGACCGUUGCACAAUUUAAACAAAAUAAUACACAAACAAAUAAUAAGAAGAUGGACAAACCAGUUCUAGUUCUUAAUGAUCCUAUUCAUUUUUUGGUAAAUAGUAUUUAUGUAAUACGUCGAACUGAUGAUACACCGUUUCAUAUCGAAUAUCAAAUGCCACUUGGUUCUGUACUUGAACGUUUAAAUUAUUCUCAACUAAAUUGUGAUAUUAGUUUACGUGAUUUUUUUAAUUCAGAAAAUUUAUAUGAAAAUGAAAUAUCAUACAAUAUGAAAUUAGAAAAAUUUCAACAUUUAAAUGAUUGUUUUAAACAAAUAUUUUCCAAUAUGACACUAGAACGUUAUACAAGUGAUUAUUAUACGUACGGUAGUUUUCGACUUGGUUUAAAUGGAGCUGAUUUAGAUACUGUAUUUGUUCUACGUGAAUGUGAUUUUUAUGAUAGAACAAAAGAGACAGAUUUUGAUCGUAUGAUUGCAAGUGAUGAAUCAAAAUUAAAUAUAUUGAAUAUACUUGAACAACAAAUACAAAUAAUGAAUGAUGUUAUUGAAUGUCGACAUAUUCAAGCGUUGUACUCAUUAAUAGCAGUCCUUUUUAAAGAUAAUACACGAGUAGAAAUAUUUGUUGAUAUUAAAGAAAAAUUAAUGUUAAAUAAUCAAUUAGUAAAGAAUAAUGGACUGAUGUAUUUUGAAGAUCCUGUACAUGGGGUUCAUGAUGCUGAACAAUUAUUAUCUUAUAUACGUUGUCCAUACAUAUUUCAAUAUUUAUUAACUUUUAUUCGUCAAUGGUCUCAAUCUGUUGGCUUAUAUGGUCACGUUUAUGGCUAUUUGAGCGGUUAUUCAUACGCUGUUUUGACCGCUAUUGUUUGUCAUGAAUAUUUUGAUGAAAACUAUCAUUGUAUUCAAUCAUUGUCUGAUUUAGAAAAUUUUACAUUAGAUCAAUUUUUUGAUCUUGUACGUUAUUUCUUUGAUUAUUAUUCAAAGUUUAAUUGGUCACAUGAGAGUGUACGAAUUUAUCCUAAACGUAAAGCAUACUAUCAUCGUGAUACAACAGUGAAUAACAAUGAUGUUAAAUUUAAAGGUGCAAUGAGAAUUUUACAUCCAUUACCACCAUUCAUGAAUACGGCACGUGGUACAACAAAAAUUACACGUGAUUUAAUUGUUGAAGGUUUUAAAAAUGUAUCAAACUAUAUGGAGAAAAAUGUUUCUAACGAGAGUAACAUGUCAAUUUUAAAGAAUAUUUUACAUAUGAAAAAACAAUUUCCUCAUACAAAAUGUUCAGAUGGAAGUAUAUUGCAAUUAAAACUGACUGCUUGUUCAUCACUGGAACUAGGAGAAUGGAUUGGUUGGGUAAAAUCGCGUCUCACUCGAUUUAUAAAUGAUUGUAUUGAUGAAUGUCACUUAUAUGUUCAAACAGAAAAUGAAUUUAAUUUAUCAAAAAAUGAGUCUGAUGUGGAUGCUUCUUUUGUGGCAACAUAUUUAUUUGCAUUUGCUGAAACAUGUGAAAAUAUUAGUCAAAAUCGAGUAUUCUCUCAUUGUUUAAAUAAUUUUUUGGAUCAAUUUAAAUUGUAUCCAUCUCGAACAUCAACAAUGAAAUCAUCCCAUAAAUUAAUUUCUUUACACGAAUGGAAAAUGGAAAAUGAACAACCAAAAUCUCAACGAAUAAGAACCAAAUAA